AUUUAAGAGAUAUAAUUGUUGAUACUUUUGAUAUUACUGAUAGUGAUGAUAAUGAGACAAUUAGCAUUCAAGAUAAUAAUAGUGUUGAAGAAGAUUGGGAUCCUAAAAGAGAAGCUGAUUUGAUUUUAAAUAAAAAUUAA